AAAGAACGUUAAAAUCACUUUCAGAGUUCCUUCUCUCUCUUUCCUCUGAUCGUGGAUUGAGAUGGAAACCUUACCCACGACGACGGUUUCGUUUUCAAAAUCAGAACGACGAGGAAGAUCCUCCAAAUCUCAGAGUACCUCCAAGCCCUCCGUUAUCAUGGCUUUCUUCUCAUGCGUCGCUUGGCUCUACGUCGCUGGCCGGUUAUGGCAAGAUUCAGAGAACAGAGUGAUACUCAAUAAUAUGCUUAAGAAGAAUUAUGAUCAGAAGCCUAAGGUUCUUACGGUGGAUGAGAAGCUGAUGGUUCUCGGAUGCAAAGAUCUUGAGAGGAAGAUUGUUGAAACUGAAAUGGAAUUGACUCUGGCAAAGAGUCAAGGCUAUCUGAAAAGUGGGUCCUCUUCAGGGAAAAGGUUGCUUGCUGUAAUUGGAGUCUAUACUGGCUUUGGAAGUCAUUUGAGGAGAAAUACAUUUAGAGGGUCUUGGAUGCCACAAGGUGAUGCUUUGAAGAAACUUGAGGAGAGAGGAGUUGUCAUACGUUUUGUGAUUGGUCGAAGUCCAAACCGAGGUGAUAGCCUAGAUCGAAAGAUUGAUGAGGAAGAUCGAGCAAAAAAAGACUUUCUGAUUCUUGAGAAUCACGAGGAGGCACAAGAAGAGUUACCCAAGAAAGUGAAGUUCUUCUUCAGUGCGGCUGUUCAGAACUGGGAUGCAGAGUUUUACAUCAAAGUUGACGACAAUAUUGACCUAGAUCUUGAGGGGUUGAUUGGCCUCCUUGAAAGUCGGCGUGGUCAAGAUGCGUCUUAUAUUGGGUGCAUGAAGUCUGGGGAAGUUGUUACGGAAGAGGGAGGGCAAUGGUACGAGCCAGAAUGGUGGAAGUUUGGGGAUGGGAAAUCAUACUUUCGUCAUGCAGCUGGUUCGCUUAUAAUACUAUCCAAGAAUUUGGCUCAGUACAUAAACAUAAACAGUGGAUCGUUGAAGACAUAUGCAUUUGAUGAUACCUCUAUAGGAUCUUGGAUGAUUGGUGUUCAGGCAACUUAUAUAGACGACAAUCGACUUUGCUGUAGCAGCAUUAGACAAGACAAGGUGUGCUCUGUAGCUUGAUCAAAGGGCCCCUAACAGUUUAUUCCAACUGAACCUCUGGUGUGUUCGUGGCGAUUCGGGGAGUUUUCUUGGAAAGUUGUUAUAUUUGUUGUUUAGAAUCAGAUUAUAAUCAGCCAUUACUUAGGGCAUAUACCCAGGAAUUUGUAGCUGUGAAGAAAAAAGAAUAGAACAUCUAUAAGUUACAACUGACCAAGAAUAGUAUAGAAUCAGUUGGACUCAGUCCAGAGCUUUGAACUAUAGUUCGAGUGAUGGAGUGACCUUUAUAUGAAAACAUGCUUUUUGUUACUCUUAUU